UCUCAUCCCCACACCAUGAAAGGUAAUCCCAAUAACAUGUUCUCUAAACUUCACCAAUCCUACUCUCAUCCCUUCCACCUCUCUCACGACGACUCCAAAUACCCUCCCGCUGGCGCUGGCAACGGCGGCGGCACUGGCGCUGCCGAUGGAGCUUCUAUUGAAGUGGUCCGUAGACCAAGGGGUCGUCCUCCGGGUUCCAAAAACAAGGCUAAGCAAUCUGUCAUCGUAUCUCGGGAACCCAACCCCGCCAUGAAUCCUAACGUUCUCGAAAUCCCUGGUGGGAAUGACCUCGUCGAAGCUAUCUGCGACUUCUCUCGUCGGAGAAACAUUGGAAUCUGCGUGCUUAAUGGGUCUGGGUCCGUUUCGAACAUAACUCUGCGUCAACUUUCGUCGACUCCGGGAGCUAUCGUAACUUUCCAUGGCAUAUUCGACAUCUUAUCCCUAUCGGCCACGGUCCUACCUCCAACGACGUCGUAUAACGUCCCCAACACGUUCUCUAUCUCUUUAGCGGGUCCUCAAGGGCAGGUCAUCGGAGGGUUCGUGGCUGGCUCGUUGGUGGCGGCUGACACCGUUUUUAUAGUUGCCGCCACGUUCAACAAUCCUUCGUAUCAUCAGUUAGCAGGAGUGGCAGAAGAAAGAAGGAAUUCGUUGUCGUCUGGCAGAGAUGGUGAAGGUCAGUCGCCGCAGUUUUCUGGUGGCGGUGGAGAUUGUACCGGUCAUGGUGGCGGUGGUUCAGAAUCUUGCGGAGUUUCGAUGUAUAGUUGUCAAGACGGCAGUGGAUCAGAUGUGAUUUGGGCUCCAACCGCUAGACCGCCACCGCCUCAACUGCCUUACUGAUGAGUUUGAAAGCUUUAGUUUUUCUUAUCAGAAAAAG